AGUUUCACCAUGGGCUCCAUUGGCACAGCAAGCACAGAAUUUUGCUUUGAUAUGUACAAAGAGCUGAGAGUCCACCAUGCCAGUGAGAACAUUAUAUUUGGCCCCCUGACCAUCUUUUCAGCCCUUUACGUCGUCUACAUGGGUGCAAAGGGCAACACUAAAACUCAGAUGGAGAAGGCUAUUCAUCUUGAUAAAAUCACUGGAUUUGGAGAGUCAAUGGAAUCUCAGUGUGGCACAUCUGCGAGCAUCCAAACUUCACUUAAGAACAUUCUCUCUGAAAUCACCAAACCAAGCGACAAUUAUUCACUCAGCCUUGCCAGUAGAGUUUAUGUUGAAGAGACAUAUCCAGUCCUGCCGGAAUACCUACAAUGUGUUAAAGAACUGAUUAAAGGAGGUGUGGAAAGUGUCAGCUUUCAAACAGCUUCUGACCAAGCUAGAGAGCUCAUCAAUUCCUGGAUUGAAAGUCAGACAAACGGAGCCAUCAGAAACAUCUUUCUACCUGGCACUAUUAACUCUCAGUCUGAAAUGGUCCUUGCUAAUGCUGUAUCCUUCAAAGGAAUGUGGGAGAAUGCCUUUAAGGAUGAAGACACUCAAGAAUUGCCUUUCAGAGUAACUGAACAAGAAACCAAACCUGUGCAGAUGAUGUAUCAGGUUGGUUCAUUUAGAGUGGCAACAGUGGCUGCUGAGAAAAUGAGGAUCGUAGAGCUUCCAUACGCGGGUGGACUGCUGAGCCUGUUCGUGCUGUUGCCUGACAGCGUCUCUGACAUGGAGCGGCUGGAGAAUACAAUCAGCCCUGAAAAACUGAACGAGUGGACCAGUCCCAACGUAAUGGAAAAGAAGACAGUGAAAGUGUACCUGCCCCGCAUGAAAGUUCAGGAAAAAUAUAAUCUCACAUCUGUCUUUAUGUCUUUGGGCAUGACUGACGUGCUCAGCUCAUCAGCCAAUCUGUCCGGCAUCUCCACAGCACAAGGUCUGAAGAUGUCUGAGGCCAUCCAUGGGGCAUUUAUGGAGGUCUAUGAAGCUGGCAGUGAGAUGGCCAGUUCUACUGGUACCCAGGUGGAUAUUGCAAGUGGUUUGGAAGAGAUCAGAGUUGACCGCCCAUUUUUGUUCUUUACCAAACACAUACCAAGCAAUAUCAUUCUCCUCUUUGGCAAGUGCAUUUCCCCUUAAAGAGUUUCUGUCUUUCAGAGCAAGACCCAAAGCAUCGUAGUAUCAAGUAUAAAAAAAGGCAUGCUACCCAUUUAAUCUAUAUUUCCUAWAACCAGAGAAUUGGUUUAAAAAUAUUUAUUUUUUUUUAAAUCAGAGAAUAGUUAACACAGGAAAUGAAGCCUCUUACCUUUCCUAAAGGCAAAGAAAACCUCAAUAUUGGGUUCAAUGAAACCAUGGUGAAAAUUAAUGUUCCUUGUGCAAGCUAAUGUUUCAGUAUUGGUGCUGGAUCAUUACACUGAAAAAUCACAACCCAAUAUAUAAUUGGAAGUGUUGACAUCCAAAAUGCAGCUUUCAAUUUAAGCCAGGUUUCUCUAGGACCAAACUUUUUGGCGGUUCCUCCAGAGCUAGUCACCUGAAAGCUCUCAGAUUACAUUCUAAACUGUCACCAGCAAUUCCUAUUUCUACAAGGAAACUGCUUUUUCUUUGUGCUCCUGAUACUACAGUGCUCUGCCUCACCUUCUAAAGAUGCAUUACAGAGAUCUUAGCAUUCACUUCUCUCCUUAUACAGUGACUUCACUGGCAUGUUAGUCUUCCCA